UCACGUCUUUUUUAAAGAUUUACAUCGGAAACGAAAACUAAAUAUAUAAACAUUUAAAAGUUAUAUUAAAAAAAUUAUGAACCAAAAACAAAAAGAAGAAAUGAUCAUAUACAUAUGCCUUAAAUAAUUUACAAUUGACGGAUGAAGAAAGUCACAGCAAUUGCGUCCAUUUUCCUCUUCUCAAUACUUCGUCUUCAACAAUUCCUACACGUUUCUUCAUCGCCUCUCUUAUACGAAAACCAGGUUCACAACGAAUCUUCUGGUGAAAGUAGAAAUUUUGAACAGGAGCAGGAGGAUGCUCCUGAAGUGCGCUGCUCCAGAGAUAGAAGUAGGGCUGCGUGGAAAGUUAUAGACCAGUAUUUAACACCGUUUGUGGAGAAAGAAAACUAUCAGCUUUCGAAAAAGUGCAGACUUCUCCCUGAGAAUGAUAUGUUUAGGGAUCAAGAAGAGCAUAAAAUUUACUUAGACAGAAAUGAAUGGCGGUGUGGAUAUUGCAAGAAAAGCUUCCGCGAAGAAAAGUUUAUUGAUCAGCAUUUUGAUAAGAGGCACUACAAUCUUCUGGAUCUAACUCAUGGAAAAUGCUUGGCUGAUUUAUGUGGGGCAUUACACUGUGAUGCUGCGAUGAAUUCCAAGUCCUCUAGAAGCAAGUGUAAUCCAGAAGCUGCUGCAAGAAAUCGUCACCUAUGUGAGAGUCUUGCUGACAGUUGUUUUCCUAUAAGCGAGGGUCCAUCAGCAAGCCGCCUUCAUGAGUUGUUUCUGCACCAGUUUUGUGAAGCUCACUCCUGCUCGGGGAAACAUAAACCCUUCUCUAGAGGAGGCAAGGAUCAAGGAAGUUUCUUUCGCCUGGCUGUUGGAGCAUUGGUCUUGGUGCUACUUCCUGUGUUCUAUCUCUUUCUGUAUUUGAUACAAAGUGAUAUGAAGGGUCGGACUCAAGAGCUUCGUCGCAUCUCUAAAUCCGGAUGGAAAGCAAAGUCAGCAUGAUUGCUGAUUGGUUAGACUGUAGCAGUCAUUGACUAUGAUGAAUGAGUCAACCAAAAUGGGAAAUAUAAUGUGUACUUUUGAUUUUGGCAUUUCCCCCAAGUAGACUCUUUUUGCAUGUCUGUGUCAAUGAAAGGAAUUGAGGAGAAUUAUUAAGAGUGCGUGAAGAAAAUCAAACUUUGCAUUAAUCCAAAGUCUAAAGCUCACAUUCCCUGAGGCCGUGAAGGGUAGGAAAACAUUGUUUCAGGAUCAUAUAUCUUUUGUCCGUUGAGCCAAGAAAAAGGUUAUUUAGCUGAGCAAUUUUGCUAAUCCAUUUUUUAUGUUUUGCUCAAAGUUUGUGUAAUCACUCACCUUCUAUACUCUUAAAAAUCUCAAUAGACUGAGCAGAUGAUAAAGCCAGAGAAAGGAUUAUUACUA